UAUGUUGGCAUUUUUAAAUGUGUUCUUAUUGAUUCAAGGUGUAUUUUUAGUUUAUUAAAUGUGUUUGCCCCAAUUUACUUUAACAUUUAUCUUUGUUCAAAAUGACCAUUAUCGCAAAGAAAUUUUCAGUCGGCAGUUUUUGUCCACUUGAUAUUCCAUCACUAACAAUAAAUCACUCCUUCAUGAAUUUAAAGAGAUGUAAAUUAUGGGUUUUCUGCUGCUUUAGACGACCACAAUUACUUCAAGUUGCGAACAUGAUUCGGUGAGUUCCUAAACCCCUAUGAGGUGUGAAUAUUCGUUUUAAUUAUUACAUUUCCCUAAGAUUAUCCUAAUAAUCCCCCGAGAUGUUUUUUAAGAAUCGAAUUUGGUGCCUAACGAUAUAUCCAGGCCACAUGACUAUGGGUAUACUUCGACUCUUGGUUUCCGUGGUACAUGGAACAGUGCCCUUUGUACGAACAAUGGAGACCUGUUCCAGUACUCUAGUCCUUUCUUAUCAGUGUUAUUCCGAUGCAAAUAGGAGGAUAUAAUUUUGAAUCGCUUGCAAACGUCGACAAUGACAUUCAACUUAAUAAUGAACCUGAAGAAUAUCGAAAUGAACCAAAUUUUAACGAAAAAGAUUUAAAUAAUUUUUUGUCAUUUUUA